GACUGCGAUUUUGCCGCGUGCGGCAAAAUGUGAAUCUGCGGUAUUUUGCCGAUUUUGCCCAUCCUUGGCCCAUCAGAAUGUGAUCAGAAUUGUCAUUGAACUGAUGUAGACUAAUUGAAUUGUUUGGAAUUUCUUAGCUCAUUUUGUCUAUUUCAGUAUUUUAUCAAGGGAAACGUGAUGAAACUGCUUUUACGGUAGUCUGCCAGCACAACAUAGGUGCCUGUGACCGCUGCAAUGGAGGCGGGGGCGCCGGCCGAGCUGGGCGAGCCGACCAGCUCUGACCCUCUGGUGGCUCAGAUGCACCGCGCCGUGCUCGCCGACCAGCCACGCCGCGUGCGCCGCGUCCUGGCUCGCGGCUGCCGCCCGGACGCCGUCAACACAGCGGGCCAGACGCCGCUCUUCUGCGCAGCAUUCGGAGCGCGCCGCGCCGCCGUCGGUGAGCUGCUGCGGCGCGGCGCCGAUCCCAACGCGCGCUGCGACGGCGGCUACACGGCCGUCCACGGCGCGUGCUACGCUGGCCGGCUGCGGGUGCUGCGCCGACUGCUCGAGUGUGGCGGAGACCUGCGCCUGCACGACCUGGCCGGGCGGCGACCGGCCGACUGGGCGCGCCUCCAGCCGGACCCGCUGCGACGCCGGCGCGUGCUGCAGCUGAUCGAGACGGCGCGGCUGGCGGCGCUGACGCCCAGCGGUCGGGACAUGCUGGUGGAACGCUCCAACAGCUUUUCUGCCGGGACCGGCGGUGUGCGCACUCUACUGCGUCGGUUGAUGCCUCGCGAAACCCCGCGCCGUGCCGCCGCCGCUGCCGCGGAUGAGGUGGAUCUCGCUGAGCUGGCCCGAUCAGUGCAGUCGGUAGGAUUCGGCGCAGUCUACUAUGGAGGCGGCGAGGCGGGUCCCGGCGCCCUGGCUGUCCUUCCCCUAGCCACCGAGCGAAGCCUGGAGCCGGACCGGGGCGCACGCGGCUACCCACUCGGCGCCUACACUGAGAUGGCAGCGCGUCUGUUCCUGGGCACGCCCGUGUCCGUGCGCCGGAUGGUGGAGCGGCCGCCGCCGGGCGCCCAGAAAGACCUGUUGAUCGCCGAACUGGAGUCUGCGCGGCGACUUCACCACCCGAGUCUGCUUCUGCUGAUGGCCGUCUGUCCGUCGGAGAACCUGGACGCGGUGACGCUUGUGUUUGAGCGCGUGCCGCUCGGCUCUCUGCACCACUGCCAGUACACGUGCGGGCUGCGACUGGCGCACACCGCCGCUGCCGAGCUGCUGCUGCAAGUGUGCGCCGCGCUGCAAUUCAUGCACGCGGCGCGAUGGCUGCACUGCGCCGUCACCUCACACGCGGUGCAGCUGCUCACGCCCGCACACGCCAAACUCGGCUGUUUGGAACACGCUCUACAAGUAUCCUCUGGCCCGCCUCGGCCGCAGAAACGGCUGCUGGCCUGCCGCGCCGAGGGAGCGCUCUACAACUGGCUGGCUCCCGAGGUACUCCGGGACGGUGUUCCCACCGAAAUGGCCGACACGUACUCGUUCUGCGCGCUUAUCUGGGAGCUGAUCCAUGGUGAGGUGCCGUGGGACGGUCUCAGUGUGGAUGAGAUCAGUGAGCAGGCUGCUGUCGGAGGGUGCGCGCUAGCGAUCAGCCCCGAACUCUGCCCGGUCAUCCUACGAGACGUGCUGGAACUGGGCCUUCGCGCUGACCCGCAGAAGAGAGAUCUACACCUGGACGAAGCCAAGUUCAUGUUGACGAACCUCCGCGACGGUGUACAGAGAAGUCGAUCUAAGGUCUCGUCUGCCCCGGUCGGUCAGACCCCGCUAGCUCGACCUGUGACUCCUGCCAGUCGACCCAUGACGCCGGCCAGUCGCCCGGCCACGCCAGCCUCCACGGGUCGCCGUCUGAAGCCGCCGGCGCCGGCGCCGCCGCGACACGUGACCCCGGCGCGGCUCUCCCGCACGCUGUCUCCUGACGCACUGCGUCCGCCGGUCGGCCGCGAGCCGCCGCGUCAGGCGCGCACUCUGGACACGUCCUACUCUGAGCAUCGCACCUCUGUCUUCACUACUGGAACUUCAAAUGCCGCCGCUGCUGCUACUGAUGACGCUGACACCGACCCGUACACGGGUCUCCGCCGGACGGCCACACCCCGUAUGCACCUUCGGAGUGCCACCUGGCAGACCAGACAACCCAGCCCGACCUCCAGCUGGAAGGAGGCGACCGCCAUCAAACCGGCCAGCCACCGUCUCACUCGUCACGGCUCAUCGUGCUCGCUGAACCGUCGGCAGGCGGCUUGUGCGAACGGCACUGCCGCCUCGCCCUGGCCGCCGGCGGAGUGGGACGGGGACACGCCGCCUGCCGGUCGCAGGAGGAUCGGCUCGCCGCGUCAGCACAGCGUCAGCCUGGACGGACAGAGCAACUCACCCGUGACGGGGCCGCGUCCGGCUGCCGACCGCCGCCGUCCCGAUCACCUCCGUCCUGCCCCCGCCCGAUCCUACGGCUCAGCGGAGGCGCGCGGCGCCGACCGCGGCACGCGCUCCCUGCCGCGCUUGGCGCCUCUGAUCUCCGACCCGCGCGGAGUGACCCGCGGCCGGCCCGGCGCCGCCGCUGCCGGUCCCGGCCCGUCGGCGGCCGGCCCGUGGCGCCGACGGGAGAUGGAGGUGCAGGCGUCGGCCGCCGUCACCGACACGGCGAGCCAGACCACCUCCGGGCAGCGGACCGCGCGCUGGCCGACGGAGAGCAGCAGCAGUAACGGGCCCGGCCGGCACAGCAGCUCGGGAACUGCCCCCAGCAGCACGAGCACCAGUGGUAACGGCGCACACGUGUUUACCAGUAACGGCAGCGGCAGUAACGGGCACACUCAGACCAGCACGGAGCCUACACAGACCAGCAGCACAGAGCCUACACAGACCAGCAGCACGGAACCCACGCAGACCAGCAGCGGUCAGAUGACUAACGGUACCUCUGGCUCCGUGCCCAACCACAGCCACCACGUGGGCACGAGCCAGGCUACCACUCAGACAGUCCGCAGCAGUACGGCACAGUCGACCAUCUCCAGUGAUGAGCAGAUGGUCUCCUAUAGUAAACAGAACUUCGCGGCGCGGCGCGAGUUCUUCAGCGGUCGCUGCGGCGGCGGAAGCACGUCUCACAGUCAGUCGGACAGUGCGCUGAGGCUACCGCAGGGUGUGAAACUGAACCCGGCUCUGAUGUUGGUGCGCGACCCUCCGGCGCCGGCUGCCCCAUCGGCCGGCGCGCCGCCUAUGGACACUUCAUCCCCGACUGCGAGUCGAGCUCUGCUGCUUGGUCAGCCGCGGCCGUUCCAGCGCCCCGCCGGCGCCGCCACAGUGACUCGUGUACCGUACACGUCUCCGGGAGCCUCGCGUCGGGCGGAGGAAACGUCGGGCAACCCUCCUGAGCAAAACUCAGACCGCGAUCAACCAGCUUCCUCUGCCGCUACCGUCUCGGCGGUGACAUCCACCCCGCACAAACUUGCAGGAGCGCAGCCCGAGCCACCGGCCGUCUCGUCUCUUUCCUCUGGUACCCCAAACAGCGGCGCGGCCGGCCACCGACUAAACGUCACCUUCCGCGCCGAGGUGCUGGAAUUCUCAGCGCCGACACCACCGGACGAACCCCUUCCCUCCCCGCCCGAGUCACCCUGCCCGGCUGCCUCUGAUGACGAGCGUUGCUACUACGACGACGACCUGGCGAGCCCGGACGCUCCCCCGCCGCACUUACAACUCCUAGAGCAGGAUCUACCUGAUCCUCCGCCUUCGCCACCGCUGCAUCCGCCGCCUUACGCUGCGUGUCUGGACGACGGCGGGCGGGCUUCGCCGCUGAGUAUGGAAUUACCGAGCAGCGCUGCCGGAAGUGAGCUGGACGACCUCCCCGCGCUGGGUCUGGGAGCUGAUGAGCUAGACGGAAUGGCCGAUCUGGAUGAUGAGCUCACCGAUCCGUUAACGCCGCUGCAUGUCUCUGAGAGCGGUGAGAGUGACGAUGAGCCGACCCUGGCGACGGUCACCGGUCCGGGAGACCGCCGAGGUCGUGAAGGAUCGCCCUGUAUCACCAGCUCGGAGACGACGCGUUCGGACGGCAGCCGUGUGCGUCUGUUCGAGGUCUCCUGCGAGCGCGGGUUCGAGACCCAGGUGGAGACGUGUGCCAGCCAGGAUGGCCAGUGUACGGUGACGUGCACAAAUACGAACCUGAACAGCGGCACGACGGAGACCUACCGACAGACGGUGUCGGCCGACCAGGUGCAGACGCAGAUCGUCGUGGCCGACAGAUAGAGCGUCGUUAACGGCAGAGGGAGCUUCGUCGACGACAGGUAAAGCGUCUUUACCGGAGUGUCAAAACCGACAUAUGAUUUGUCGGUGUUGUUGCUGGAGAUGGCUUUUAGUGCCGAAAUCUGGAUAGAGAAGAGGCAAACCUUGGAUCUGAAGUGUAAGAUGAAAUGGUAAAUGAACAGAGUGGAGUGUUGUGAUGAAUUACGCACGCAGCUAUACCGUGCAAAAGCAGCAGGGUUGAUUGGGCAUUUGGAAUCUGCCUCUGUCUUCCAUGACAUCGGGUCCAUUUCAUACAGUAACGUGUGUGCGUGCCGAACGCUGCCAAAAGUGUGCCGACUGGGGAAUCUCGCGUUAAUCUCAGUGGUGCAUGUCCGUCGUGGUGAUGAGUUUUACCAAUAGCGCACAGGGUUUUCACUAGUGGCUCUGUUAGCGGUGACGGGCGAGUGUGUCCGCGUGUGGUUCCUCGCGGGGAGUUGUGCUCUAUCUGGCGACGGUCAUUCGUCGCUCAGUGGCGUUUGGCGGCCGGGGUUCCUGUUGUCGCGUGUAAUCCGGCCUUUCGCCAACGGUACCGUCCAAGUGAGUGUCUUCCUUGGUGCGCGGGACGUUUUCCCAUGGAAUGAUGUACCGGACCUGCCUAAUGGAUGUAAGAGUCGAGGCGGGAUUCGGGUUGAGAGGUGCACUGCACAAGCACGGAUGACGUAAUCUGAGGAUAUUUUAGCUGUGAUUAGAACAGUAGCACCGUAGAUGUGCUUGUUCGCCAUUCCAAAUUCUAGUGCACGCUUGUUGCAAAGAGGUAGCUUGUGAGAGCUGCUAGGCCGUAGACCUGCCAUGAUUUGUGAUCCCAAAGAUCGUAUAGGAACAAUCGAUGACAUUAGAAAAGACAUCACGCUAGCCUAGUACAUCGUUGAUUGCAUUUGCGCUUUUACGUUCGGGGCUGUAAAUAUGUUUUUGCAAUACCAAAGACGCCGAGAAUCUCGCUUGAUUAGACGUGUUGUAGUUACUCCAGUAUUAAUGUUCUGUUCACUCAUUUUUAUUCUUUGUUUUUUAGUUCGUUUGCUCAGCCAUAGCCUUGCUAAUGUUGAGGGACACGCAAUAGUUGAUAUUAUUUUUGUUACACAAUCAAAUUUUAAUAAACAUCAAGAUGAA